CAAUUCGUGGACCUAAACCCAGUCCAUGUGGGGUCCGGGUCUCCCAUCAUGGCACUCGAUGAGUCGGAGAGAAAGCGAGCGAAACCCGACUUUUAUAGGGGGAAAGUGCGAAUAACUUCACAAUAGGAAAACCAGAGACUGAGAAGGAGCAAAUUUAGAGAGAGAGAGAGAGAGAGGCAGCUAGGAUGAGCUCUCCUGCUAGAUCAUCGGUAUCUGCAACAAGUAUUGGAGGUCAUGGAAGCAAUGCAGGAGGAGGCACAGGGGAUAAUGACAAUAACGCAAACUCCUCUCAUUCUCCUUUCCCAUCUGAUUUCAAGUCUGCCCAGGACCGCAAAGAGGAAGCUAUGAUCGUGUUGAAAUCAGAUGUAAUGGCUGCUUUACAGAAGGAAGUGAAGUCCUUGGAUGAAGAUAGUUGGAAAUUUGCAGGGCCUCGGUCUCAAAUUCACCUGAUUUCAAGGGCAGCUACUCUAGGCAGUCUACCAGACAUGGAAAGGGAACACGCAAGGCCUUGAGGUCUACAGACACGGGAGCUCUAUUCUCAAUCCUAGGGUUGAUCGUACUAUUCCUAUUACAUGUUUUGUAUUUUGUUGUGUAACAUCUUUUACUCGAUAAAUAUGCCAUGCUACAACAUUCAAGGUUGCUGGUUCAUUGGACAGUCGAAAUACAUCUUCCUAAUCAGAAAAUCCAUUAAGAGACAAUUAUUGAAGUUUGCAGAAUAGGGUCACUCCAGCUUUUGUUCUUCGGUGGUUUCCACUGCUUAGAAUCUGACUCAAGGCAGUGUUCUGCACUUUCCAACUUGUAUUGGAUCAUGUGGUUGUCCCUUGAAUGGAUGAUUCAAGUCUUUUAGUCAUUUAAAUAUUCGAUAAGAGUUGAGGUUGCCCAUGCA